AUGGCUUCUCUACCCUUCCAUCUUCUACCUCUCAUCUCCGCCGCCUUCCUCUACUCCUCCAUUUCCGCCGCCUCCUCAAUCCCUCCCUACAGCGACCACUGCUCCGCCGUCGUCCCUCCGUCGCCGCCCACGAAUCCCACCUACAAAGACGACCUGCCGUCUCUCUCCACCUCCUACUUCACCGGCGGCGACCGCCUCCUCGGCCUCCGGAACAACCACUCGUUUUACUACUCCGGUAAGUCCCUCAGCCUCCGGUUCCGAUCCAGCUGCCACGAAACCGCGGUCUCCGGCGUCUACAAAGUCGACGGCCUCCUCUACGUCCGCUCUCCGUACGCCGCCGACUAUGGCAACGCUCCGUCGAACUUCACCUUCGCCGGAUCUUACAACUACCGCCGCCGCCGAUCCCGCGGCGCCGUCAGGUUCACGUUGACCGGAUUCUGGUCGGAGAGUAAGCGGACGGCGUGCUUGGUCGGAUCGGCUUCCCUCAAAUUGGGAGACGGCGGAACCUUAGAUUUCUCCGGCGUCGUUAAAUUGCAGUUCGCCGCCGAGAAUCCGACUCUCCGCACUGCCGUAACCUCCGGGACCUUCCAGAGCACGCUCCCGAAGGGAGAUCCCGGGUACUUUGAUCCCAUUUCCAUCUUCAGUUACCCUCAUUUUCCUAACUACAACUAUACCCUGCUUCUAGAAGAUUCCGGAACCUUCCCCCGCCGACCUCUCCGCCCUGAGGGGUUCCAAUUCUGCAACAUACUGUCGUGGAAAUCGUUCUCCUUCGACCUCGACUACUCCGCCGCGAACUGUACGGACCCCCGCCGUUGCUCACCCCUCGCCACCACCGCCGUGCCGGAGUCUCUGCUCCUGAUGCCGAUUCAGUGCUCAAACGAAGAUAAAAAGAUUACCACGAGAUACAUUGCUACAUUUCAGAACAUCACUCACAAUGAUCAAAGCUUUAGCUUCUCCUCCACGUUGAUUGCGGAGGGACUUUGGGACGAAAAUGGCGGUAGGAUGUUCAUCGAAGCCUGUCGAAUCUUAGAUCCGAUCCACCAUUUCGGCGAAUCUGAAUCCGUCGGCGACUGCGGGAUAAGGAUGAACUUGAGAUACCCUGCAGCAUGGACAAUCCGCCAUGACUUGGGAAUCUACGGGGAGCUUUGGAGCAUAAAAAACAUCGAUAAAAAAGGAAACUUUAAUAGGAUUAACCUCACCCUCGUCAACAACGACAUGGUCGACAUGGUUGGAGUUCUCGGGCUGAAAUACGAGUACACGGAACUGAAAAGGGUCCAGGACUCGUGCCCUGUGGCAAAGCAGGGGUCGAAGAAGAGGAAGGGGAAGACUUAUCCCGACGAACGAUCCUUAGACAUGAGGUUCGAUAUGUCCGUUGGGAAUUCGAAAGGUGAGCCAACUGCUUGGGGUAAUGCAAUGCCUCUAUUUGUCGAAGAUGAGAUGUAUUCCUUCGGAGUAGCCAUCGCUUUGGCGCCUGCGUCGUCUGUCGCAGUAUCUGAUAUGGAGAUCAUCGAUAGAGCCACCACAGUGUUUAACAUCAGCUACAAGAUCGUUAUCCCUAGUUAUUUUGAUUACAAUUCGAGCAAAUGGAUCUCGGUUCUCAACACGUCACUCGAUCGUCAUCCUCAGGUGGAGAUCACGGCCGAGGGCGUUUACAGAUCCGACACCGGGGAGCUCUGCAUGAUCGGGUGCAGGAAGCUGAAGAACGAAUCGACAGAUUGCGAAAUUCUUGUGAAGUUCGAGUUUCCUCCGGUGAAUGCAGGGCGAGACGAGCGAGUGAUUAAGGGAACGAUCGCGAGCACCCGAUCGAAGGGGGAUCCUCUUCGCUUCGACGAGUUGAAGUUAUCAGGCAGCGCGUACUACACGGAGGCAUCCGAGGCUGCCGUGUGGCGGAUCGACAUCGAAAUCACGCUCGUGUUGAUCUCGAACACGCUCUUCUGCAUCUUCAUCGGGUUGCAAAUCUUCCACACGAAGAGGCAUCCGGAAGCUGUCGAGGCAAUCUCGCUCGUAAUGGUCGCGAUACUCGCUCUCGGCCACAUGAUCCCACUCGUUCUAAACGUCGAGGCCAUCUUCUUCGAGGGACACAGCCGGCAAACGGUGUUCCUCAGCAGCGGCGGAUGGGUCGAGGCCAACGAAGUCGCCGUCCGGGUCAUCACGCUCGUCGCGUUCUUGCUGCAAAUACGCCUUCUCCAGCUCGUAUGGGCUGCAAAGCGCGACUCUGGCGGCGAGAAGAAGGCCUCGCUGAUCACGUUACCGAUCUAUAUUGCUGGCGCUCUGAUCACCGUCGUCGUUAAUUUGACGAGGACCCAAUACGGCGGGAACCGGACCUAUGGCCCUCAUGGGUAUCGCAACUACUCGGUGUGGGGCGGUUUGAGGUCGUACGCCGGGUUGAUCCUCGACGGGUUUUUGCUCCCGCAGGUUGCGAUGAAUGCGGCGAGGGGCUCGACGGAGAAGGCGCUGUCGCAUCCGUUUUACAUGGGCACCAGCGCUGUGCGGCUGGUGCCGCAUGCGUAUAAUCGGUACCGGGCAUGGAGUUAUCCAGCGCCGUUUGUGAACGGGACUUACUACUAUGCGAACCCGGCCGGCGAUUUCUACUCGACAGCGUGGGACGUGGUGAUUCCGGUGGUGGUGGCGGCGAUGGCGGCGGCGGUGUUUCUGCAGCAGCGGCGCGGCGGCCGGUGCAUCCUUCCGAAGAGGUUUAGGGAAGUGGAGCUGUAUGCAAAGGUUCCUACUGCUGAGAAUCAAUGA